AUGAAGAUGAAUCGACAUAGUUCUCUUAUCUUUAUCUUCUUCUGUAUUAUCACUAGCAAUGGCAGAACCAUUCCAUUUGAUCGAACAGAUUUUUAUGGUUUUGAUCCAAUUCAUGUGAGCUACAUAAAAGACAAUUGGAAUGUGUUCUUUAACAAUCGUAAAGUUGCUGAUGCAUCAGCACGCUCAUUUCAAGAUCUUGGUUUUGGAUAUGGCAAAGAUAAUUGCAAUGUGUUUUAUCUUGGAAAUAAAAUGUCGGAAGCACGGUCACAAUCAUUUGAAGUACUUCAACCCUACACUGGUUAUGCCAAAGAUACUUGGAAUGUGUAUUAUCUCGGCAAAAAAGUGCCAGAUGCUAGAUCUCAUUCAUUUCAAGCGAUAGGCAAGGGUUAUGGUAAAGAUACCUGGUCAACGUUUUUUAAAGGAAAGAAAUUGAAUUGA